AUGGAUUAUGCGAAAAAGGUAGUUGAUCGUACGGGCAAUGAUGUUAGGGCGAGAGAACACAAGUACUACAAUGAAAAGCAGGAAUUGGCGAAGACGAGAUGGGAUAAACCAAAAGGCUUAUCUUCGAACCCGAUUGUCGGGCUUAAUUUUACAUCACAAGUGCCAAUUGUUGAUCGAAUAGAGUUGCAUCGUCGUCGUGCUUAG